GCGAGGACGCUUUUUCAGUUUCUGAGACGUGUUUUUUGACGUUAGCGUAAAUUCGCCGCAAUGGCGGAGGGAACUACAGCAGCUGUUGGAGCUGGCCUCGAUGUAAACACAGCUGGAAACCCAACAGAAAUCGCCAUGGCUUAUUUACAAGACGAGAAGACUGAAGGAGAGAUCUCUAACCUGAACCUGGGAGAACUGGACCUCACCACCGAUGAGUUUAUCCUGGAUGAAGUGGACAUUCACAUCCAGGCCAAUCUGGAGGAUGACCUCGUGAAGGAGGCGCUCAAAACGGGUGUCGACCUCAGGCAGUACUCCAAACAGGUGGAGGCAGAGCUGCAGAGGAUCGAACAGGCCUCCAUCAAAGACUACAUCAAGGAGAGUCAGAACAUCGCUCUCCUGCACAACCAGAUCACCGCCUGUGAUUCCAUACUGGAGCGUAUGGAGGGAAUGCUGAGCGGCUUCCAGAGCGACCUGUCCUCCAUCAGCAGUGAGAUCCAGACUCUGCAGCAGCAGUCGGUCAGCAUGAACGUCCGGCUGAAGAACAGGCAGGCCGUGCGCAGCCACCUCAGCCAGCUGGUGGACGAGCUGGUGGUGCCCGGAGCCAUGAUCUCCACCAUCCUGGACAGCCCUGUGACGGAGCAGGAGUUCCUGGAGCAGCUCCACGAGCUCAACAACAAGAUCAACUUUGCCAAAGAGCUGAGCUUCAGAGAGACGCUGGCCUGCUCCGACAUCCAGGACAUCGUGGACCGCCUCAAACUCAAGGCUGUUUCAAAGAUCAGAGAGUUCAUUCUCCAGAAGAUCUACUCCUUCAGGAAGCCGAUGACCAACUAUCAGAUACCACAGAACACGCUGCUGAAGUACAGAUUUUUCUACCAGUUCCUCUUGGCCAAUGAGAGGACGGUUGCAAAAGAGAUCCGAGACGAGUACGUGGACACGAUGAGUAAAAUCUACUACAGCUACUUCAAAUCGUACAGCGGCAGGCUGCUCAAAGUGCAGUACGAGGAGGUGGCAGACAAAGACGACCUGAUGGGGGUAGAAGACACAGCCAAGAAAGGUUUCUUCUCCAAACCGUCUCUGAAGAGCAGGAACACCAUCUUCACUCUGGGCCAGAGGGGGGCCAUACUGAGUCCUGCUGAGCUGGAGGGGCCGAUCCUGGUUCCACAUACAGCUCAGAGAGGAGACAGCAGGUAUCCGUAUGAGACGCUGUUCCGCAGCCAGCACUACGCUCUGCUGGACAACGGCUGCAGAGAAUACCUCUUCCUGUCAGACUUCUUCAUGGUGGCAGGAAACUCUGCGCUCGACCUCUUCAACAGCAUCAUGGGAAAAACUCUCAGCAUGUUCCUGAAGAGUAUGUCCACGUACGUGUCCGACUGCUACGACAGCAUCGCCAUCUUCCUGUGCAUCCACAUCAUCCUCAGGUUUAGAGCCAUCACCGCCAAGAGGAACAUCCCCGCUCUCGACAAGUACUGGGAGGCUGUGUUGGAGCUGCUGUGGCCGAGGUUCGAGCUGAUCCUGGAGAUGAACAUCCACAGCAUCAGGAACACAGACCCCCAGAAACUGGGAGUGCUGGACACCAGGCCGCACUACAUCACUCGUCGUUACGCAGAGUUCUCGUCAGCGAUCGUCAGCAUCAAUCAGACGUUUCCCAACGAGAGAACCAACGCUCUGCUGGGACAGCUGCAGGUUGAGGUGGAAAACUUUGUGCUGAAGAUGGCGGCGGAGUUUCCCUCCAGGAGAGACCAGCUCAUCUUCCUCAUCAACAACUACGACAUGAUGCUGGGUGUCCUCAUGGAGAGGGCGGCAGACGACAGUAAAGAGGUGGAAGGUUUCCAGCAGCUGCUCCUGGCCAGAACUCAGGAGUUUAUCGAGGAGAUUUUGUCUCCCCCCUUCGGAGGGAUGAUCGCCUUCGUGAAGGAGGCCGAGGCGCUGAUGGAGAAAGGGCAGCUGGACCGACUGAAGAACGAAGAGGCUCGGAUCACUCAGCUGGUUCGGGGGUUUUCCAGUACGUGGAAACAGUCGGUGGAGUCGAUGAGUCAGGACGUCAUGAGGUCUUUCACCAACUUCAAAAAUGGAACCAGCAUCAUUCAGGGCGCUCUGACCCAGCUGAUCCAGUACUACCACGGCUUCCACAAGAUCCUGAACCAGCCGACGUUCCGCAGCCUGGCCGUCCGCUCCGAGCUCAUCAACCUGCACCACCUCAUGGUCGAGGUCAAGAAGCACAAGCCCAACUUCUAACAGCACAGGACGUCUCCGUGUGUCGGGAAACUCCCCGUUAAAGAAUCCGCUUCAUCGACCAAACAGAAACACAAACAUGAUACAUGAAAACAUGUGGAGUGUGGAGCUCCUCCAGCCUCUCCUCCCUCCCUUUCAGAUGAACAUUAGCAUUAACAAAGAGCAGACUCUCUCUUCAUUUCCCCUCCAGCUGAAGAACAGCUGGUUUGCAACAAAACUAUUUGAAGUCACAACCAAACAUGUGAAGUAUGUUAUUAAAGUUUAAAGUUGAAAUAAUCAGAAACAGAACUGAGAGAGAAAGGGGAUAAAAAAUGAAAUGAUGAGAAUGAGUAUUUAUAUUGAAACUACUGAUUAGAGCAGAGGGCUGUAAAACACUGAGCAGACAUUUUGUAUUUAAAGUGAGACCAUGUAAACAGCAGCCACUUCAGGGUCAACUCUGUAUGUGGAGGACUGUGUUAUUUUUUCCUAAAGGUGCAGUGUGUUGCUUUUUAUUUCAGUAAAAUAAGUCAAACAUUGGAACAUUUUCAUUUGUAACGCAGCACCGGUGAGAGAAGCUCCUGGGAACACAUUACUUGAAAAGCUUGUCUUUCUUUGUUGUUGACGUGUGUUGCAGAUUCAGCAGGUCAGACUGACUCUGACUGUUUCCUAUGGUCAUCAAAUGUCAGUGAACAAAGUCUCUAACUUCUUCAAACAGCUGCUCACAGGAGGAAAUAUAUGAAGAAUUUGUUGGGGACUAUUUUCAGUGGCGGAUGAAUCAACGUGUGUGUUCAUGGUGAUGAAGGAACACACAGGUUGGUCGUUGGCCUGUUGUUGGUGAGACUCAGUGCGUCUGUUUGUUCGUGUGCCUUCGCUCAUCAUUCGGCUGUAGAGCUCAUCGUGUUGCUUUAACUUGUGUGAAUGUGUUAGUGAAGUCAUUCCAGUUUAACACGAAUCAUUGAAAUAACACGAUGUGUUUGUUUUAUUGUUUCAUCUCUUUAUUAAAUGUUAGGUUCAAUCUUUUGAACAGUUAUUCAAAAAAAGUCAGUAUGAAUACAGGAGCUGCUGAGUCUAUGGAUGAGUUCUUAGUACUGUGAAUAUCACACACACUAACACAACUAACACAAUCACAGCAAGUCCACUAUUCACAAAACAUCCAUUAACUACAAAACAUCUUAUGUAACUUCUGAUAGUAACAACAAUGAUGAUGAUAAUAAUAA